CUGACUUUUUGCGACGACAGCAACGGCGACAGCACCUCACAAUCGCAGACCGAACGAACAUUUCCACGGGACAAAUCUACGACAUCAGUCACCAUGCAUCUUAUGUACACCCUCGAUGCCAAUGGCAAGCGCGUCUACACCUUGAAGAAGGUCGUCGGCAGCGAAGUCACCAAGUCUGCCCACCCAGCCAGAUUUUCGCCAGAUGACAAGUACUCGAGACACAGAGUCACUUUGAAGAAGCGAUACGGUCUGCUCCUCACCCAGCAGAAAGAUAAGACUGUGCUCGGACAAUAGACGGAUAGCUGAAGAGAUGAUACAAUCUCGCUGUGUGGGAUUAGCGAUGGAGUUUUGGCGUUCGCCUGGAAAAGCUAGGAUGUGCUGUACAACCACAUGGGAAAUCAGUAUGUCGUCGGAAACGUGUCUUGGACACAGCCCGUGAGCAAAUGAUACGCAAUUUUGAGCGACAGUCAUGUAGAUCGUGAAGUGCUACGGCGUCUGCUUCACUUCGUGCCUCACUGCCAAGACUAAAGUGCGGCGGCAGGUUUUCGGAAAAGUGUUUUUCUUAUUGUUCACCAGUGCACUACUUUCCGCUCUUGGUCACACAC